AAGGGCGUCCGGAGAGGAGCCGACACAGCCUCGUCAGACUCCAGGAGACCAGCUCGGCAGCGAGCACAACACUGGGAUGAAGACCUUGCUCCUGACCCUCGUGUUCCUCGGCCUGGCAGCCGCCCUGCAGGCCCAGGACCCCCUGCCGCUCCAGCCAGAGGAGCCAGAUAUCACAGGGACCUGGUUCAUGAAGGCCGUCGUAGCCAACCGGAACCUGACACAGACCCCCAGGCAGGCGUUCCCCCUGACGGUGACGGCCCAGGGAGGUGUGAACUUCGAGACCAAGGUCACCUUCACGUGGAGGGGUGGCUGCUACAAGAACAGCCUGCGCUUCCAGAAAACGGAGGAGCCCAGCGAGUUCACGUUUUGGAACCACACGCGCAUACACAUAGAGAAGCUGCCCGUGCAGGACCACUACAUCUGCUACGCUGAGCACCAGCUGCUCUUCGGGGAGACCAUGCACGUGGGAUACCUCAUGGGUGAGGGGCCCGGAGACCCCAGCCCCUGCCCAACAUCAGCUGGAGAAGCUGCAUCCUGGCCGUCGGCAGGACUGCAGCUUCUCUCACGCCUGCCCCGGCUUCUGACCUCAUACACCACCCUGAGACCUGUCAUUACAUGGGCCGCCCACACAGUCCAGGAUAAUCGUUCCCCUCCAGAUCCUCAGCUGAGGCCAUCUGCAGAGCCGCUUUCGCCAUAA